GUGAGAAUCAACGAAAAGCAGAAGAACAGCAAAAGCCAGGCACAGGAAGAUCUCCAGAAUGAAAGUGUUCAUCGUCGCCAUUCUUUUCACUAUUGCUUUCUUGUCUCGGUGUGACCUGAGAGCAGAAGCACUUCCAAUGGCCAACGCAGAAGAGCUGGACCUUGAGCCAGAGACUCUCGGGGAAGGACUGGUGGAGAACACCCUGGGUUCCGGACCGAUUGGUUCCAGGAUCAUCAUGGUGGCAGACUCCAACCUGCUGAGAAGCCUGAAAGGUCUGGACAGGACCUUCCCCCAGCUGAACCUAGCUGAGAAAAUCCUGAGCCCUGAGCGCAGAGACAUCAGCCAGGAUUUCAGCCCCAGCACUUCCAUCAUCAGGAGGGACACCAUGAGGUGCAUGGUGGGAAGAGUGUACCGGCCAUGCUGGGAGGUGUAGUUCCUGUGGAUGAGUUCAGUCACAAGGCCCAAGAUGAAAGAGAAGAAUUGCUGACCAACGUCCAGCAUUGUUGUGGACUCACUAUCCAAAUUAUGCCGCUUUUGAUUCUGUGCACCAGUAAUAAGAAUGUAUAUGCCACUUAUCUGAAUCAAAUGUAAUUAAAUUAUAUCAAUAAUAUGCUAA